AUGGCCAAGUCGACAGGGCAGAAGAGACGUAGGGAGGCGGAGGCCGAUCUAGAGCAGCAGGGCGCCGCAACGAAAACUCAAGAUGGCCCGCCAUCCAAGAAGAGCCGUGUUGAGGAGCGACGAUCCCUCUUUGUGAGGUCUCUUCCGGCCUCAGCAACCGCCGAGUCCCUGACCGAAUUCUUUUCGCAACACUAUCCCGUUAAACAUGCAACUGUCGUCGUCGACCCUAGGACCAAGGAAUCCCGUGGUUAUGGGUUCGUCACAUUUACAGACGCCGACGAUGCUGUCGAAGCCAAGCAAAAGCUCAACAACGAGCUCCUUGGUGGUCGCCGCAUGAAACUGGAGGUCGCCGAGCCGCGACACCGUGCAAGUGGUGACAGUGCUGCCAAGUCCCAUAUCGCAGAGGAGAAGAAGAAGCGGGAGGAGGAUAUGGCAGAGGCUAGGAAGGCUCCCAAGCUUAUUAUUCGAAACUUGCCCUGGAGCAUCAAGAGCUCGGAACAGCUCACCAAGACUUUCUCCAAAUACGGAAAGAUCAAGUUCGCCGACUUGCCAAACAACAAGGGAAAGCUCAAGGGUUUCGGUUUUGUCACCUUCCGCUCAAAGAAGCAUGCUGAGCGGGCUAUGGAGGAGAUGAACGGCAAGGACGUCGAUGGGAGGACCAUUGCUGUGGAUUGGGCGGUCUCGAAGGACGAGUGGCAACAGCAACAAGGUCUUGAGGCGGAUGACGAGGCGAAGGAUGAACCCAAAUCAAAGAAGUCAAAGAAAGAAAAGUCGGGCGAAGAUGAUGAUGAGGAUGAGGAUGAGGAAAUGAAGGACUUGAACGAGGAGGACCGAGAUUUAGCCAUAUUCAUGAAGAAGAUGAAUGAGCUCGAGUCCGAGGACGAGGACGAUGAGGAAGGCGGAGGUGAGCUUGAUGAGGACGAGGACGAGGAUGAGGACGAGGAUGAGGACGAUGAUCUCGAAAGUGACGCCGAAGAAGAGACAGAAGAACAAAAGCCCAAGCGCCUCACGGACAACUCUACGACCAUCUUUGUCCGCAACCUUCCCUUCACGGCUACAGACGACUCCCUGAAGGAGCACUUCACGAAAUUCGGCCCUCUCAGGUACGCGAGGGUUGUUAUGGACAAAGCAACCGACAGGCCUGCUGGCACUGGAUUUGUUUGUUUUGUCAACGAAGACGACUUCAAAGCUUGCUUGAAGAAUGCCCCACGGCAACGACAAGCUGUCAAGACUUCCAAGACCUCAGUCCUCCAAGACGACACUGUUGAUACUGACGGGCGCUACACUCUCGACGGCCGUGUCCUAUCGGUGGCCCAUGCUGUGAGCAAAGAAGAAUCGGCUCGACUCACCGAAGCGGGGCCUGCGGCCCGGAAGGGACAGGAAAAGGAUAAGAGGCGUCUAUACCUCCUCUCCGAAGGCACUAUUCCCAGCGGAUCCCCUCUUUACAAACUGCUCUCCCCGACAGAGGUAAAACUUCGUGAGCAGAGCUUACAGCAGCGAAAGAAGCAAGUGCAAAGCAAUCCCAGUCUGCAUCUGAGUAUGACGCGAUUGGCGAUCCGCAACUUGCCUCGGAACAUGUCUUCCAAGGAACUCAAGCAACUUGCCCGACAAGCUAUUGUCGGCUUCUCCGCGGACCUUAAGGCAGGCAAACGCACGCCGCUUUCCAAGGAAGAGCUCACACGGGGAGGAGCUGAGGAUCGGGAAGCUGAGCACCGUCGUAAGGAGAAGGGCGUGGGCGUCGUCAAGCAAGCAAAGGUCGUCUUCGAGACCAGAGACGGCAAAAAAGUGGACGAGUCCACUGGUGCAGGUCUCAGCAGGGGCUAUGGCUUCAUUGAAUACUCCAGCCACAGGUGGGCGCUUAUGGGUCUGCGAUGGCUGAAUGGCCAUCCGCUCAAAAAUGAGGCAGGCAGGACCGUGCGGCUGAUCGCGGAAUUUGCUAUUGAGAAUGCUCAGGUGGUGAGCCGGAGGAAGGCAAAUGAGAUCAGGGCGAGGACCAAGCAGGCUGAGGCGCAGGACAAAGGCGAGCAAGGCAAUAAGCCAGGACGUAAGGACGCUAAGGGAAAGGCAGUCAAGGGCAACAAGACUUCCAAGGCGUCGGCAGAUGGAGGCAGUGAGGGAGAAGAUGAUGGCCCAACGAAGAAGGAUGCCAAGGAGAAGCUGGCGCAAAGGCAGAGAAUCAUCGGGCGGAAGAGAAUGGCUCGCAAGAACAAGAAGGGCGGUCGCUAG